AAAAAAAUACAGCAGAGGAAAUGGUGAAAAAGGAGGUAAAGGUGUUUUUUAUAACACAAAAAGAUGACAAAUUAGUGAAUGUAUAUGCCAGUUAAAAUGAUGAUUAUUAUUAUUUUCUAAUACAGAGACAUUAAGAGGAUGACAUGUCUGUUUACCCCCCCAAAAAAUCAAGUUAACAUAAAUCCAGUAUGAACGGCAGAGGAGUUUGCUCUGUGUGAGAUGGUAUUAGGGGUUAAAAGUGCACUGAUUUGGCUGCUACGUGGAAGCUGGCUCAGAACAAAAGCCCAAAUCUGUCUCACUAAUGCUCAGGAAUUUUCUGUACUAUGGGGGAACAUUUAAUUUCCUAAAGUAUGAUUUAAGAACUUGGGGGUAUUUAUGCCCUGAGCUGGGUUUAUGAGUCCAAACAUGAAGAGACAUAAAAUCCACUCUAAAUCCAUCCGAUCACCAAUCUUGUAUAAGUGCAAUCCCAGGCAGGGAGAGAUGACAACGACUUAAAGUCCACAGGUAUUUGGGGAGUCUAAUAAGGAUUGCAUAAAUGUAUAUGUCCAUCAGUGCAGGACUGCAUCUGAAUGUUAGUGCUCUUGUGCAUAACCACAAUUUGUUGAGCGUGCACAUGCAUCGAAUCACAUUGCAGCGGCAGCCCAAAAAACACCUCUAGAACAAGCAUGCACGCAAACACAGAAAAGAGAGAGCGAUGUAGUGAUUUUCACAUUUGUUUGUGCAUUCAUCCAGCAGCAGUUCCACAGCACACGGGGUGGAUCAUGUCAACAUCCUGCAGAAUUGUCAGAGGACGAACAGAACAGGAGAAUGCAGAUAGUCCUCAAAGACUUAACUGACCUCUCCCUCCUGUCUUGUUGUUGCAUUAGACUUGAUUCACUGCUGUUCAGCAAUAUAAAAAUACUGGAAACAGCUAGUUUCAGCCUCCUAGCAGACACCCCUAUGGUAUCAAUUUCAAAAUCCUGCAUCGCCUUAUUCUCAAGUUAUCGCAUUCACAAGAUUUUCAAACCUCUGACCUCAUGAGAUUUGAAAUCACCCAUGAUUUUCAGUAGACGCACAUAUGAUAGCAUUUUGAAAAUCCUCGCAUUCGCAAGACUUUCAGAAAACAUGACCUCUGACCUUGAGGUCAAGGUCACUGAGACUCAUCCAAGAUUUUUAGUAGCUAGAACUUAUCAAUCAAUUUGAAGCUUCUGCGUUGCCUAGUUCUCAACUCAUCUGAUUCACAAACUUAAGCAUACAUGCCAUCUGCCUUUUAUGGCUAAAGAAUAAAAAGGCAAUCUGUUUUGGCUAAAUCGCAAACAGUUUUGUGAAUGAGAAAAGAUCAUGCACAAAUAGCAUCUAUGUAGCUUCCCCUUAAGGUUACUUCCACACGCACUGAAGCAUCACAGGAUAUCACAUGGUCACAUGGUGAUAAUAUGUGGCAUCCUAGUCAGAGGAGGAUUUGUAGGACAUGUUUUUUCCUUUUUUUUUUUAGGUAACUCAAGGAGACGUUUACACGUUACAGCACAAACACAGCAGACUGUCUGGGCAUAUCAACCAUAUGGGCUUUUAGCAAAUACAAAGGUGUCAUCACACAUUUGCGGAUGUAUUUGCCUGUGUGGGUGUACAGAACCACUCCAGCGUGCAAGUGAAUGUGUCCAUUUGUCUUUACGUCUGUGUGUGUUUGUGUGCAAGUACAUGCUCCUGUACAUGAAUUUAUGUUUGCCGAGACUGCAGUAGUCGCUCAAGGUUAAUUGAGCAAACCUUUAGUCAUUUAGAACAAAAAUAAUGAAUUUAAUAUAAACUGGUGACACAAACUGACUUCAGGUUUAACAGUAUAUGACAGAACUAAAAUAACUGUCAGGCCCUUCAGCAGAGAAAAGAAGGGAUGUAAAUAUGGAUGGACAGGAGAGCAAAUACCACAAAGGGUAUUGCAGGACUAAGCCCGCAUGUAAGCUUAAUCAUAUUUAUCAUAAAAAAAUGAUAAUCUCUCCUGUCCCUUCCUUUGUUCAUUUUUUGCUUCUCCUUCAAGCCACCCAUGUGUUUAUACGAGCUUAAAAGUCAAUCCAUUUACAUGCACACACACACACGCACAUUAAGAAGAAAAAAAAAAUCCAUGUAAAUAUAUUGCAACAGCUACAUAUCCUAAUGUGUGUGUACAUGCGUAUGGGUGCAUUCGUGCAUUCUGUGUUGCUGUGCUGGGGGCGUGUUCUGCCAGCCCUUCUGCCCACGGCUCCUGCAUAAUACCAUCCAAGCAUGCCACAGCAACGGGCAUCCUCUGACAAUGUUCGCUGCGUGCUGAAGUGUUUGCAUAUUUGUGUAGAGGCUGCAAUCCAGAUCUAAUUUUGUCUUGUUCGGUUCUUGCCAGAGCAAAUAGGAGGUAACGUGAAUGUCAGUGAAUGUGUUUGUGCUGUGAUUUAAGAGGCACAGCUGUCCACUGAGAGAUGACACACCAUCACACUCACAAAUGCAACUGGGGACAGGGAGAGCGAGGGAGCGAAAGAGAGAAAGACAUAGAAGCGAGACAGAAGGACAGAGUGUUGAUUUGGUUUGAAGAGCCGAAAUUCAACAUAAACGAGCAAGACGAAAUGUAAAAGAGAAAAAGAAUUCAACAUUAGGAUGCAGAAAAUUACAGACAGAGGCAGAAAAAGAGGUUGAGAGAUGGUAGGAGAGCAACAGGGAGAGAGAGAUAAAGAGCUAGAGAGGAAGAGAGAGAGAGAGAGCAAGCCAGGGAGAGAGAGGCAGAGCUUCCUAACUCUAGUGAUUCCCAGACUGGCUGCCUGGCUGGCACUGAGCUCUGUGCUCUAAUUCACCCGAUCUGAUGGGGUUUCAUGCCCUUGCUGCCAGUGCUGGGGGUUUUAAGAGCAACACGGGUUUCUGCUGUUGAUCUUAAAUCUCUUCAGUUCUCACCUACUGACCAUAUCAGCCUACACAGAUGAUUACCAGGACAAGCUAAUCUCAGCCUUACUGACUGGCUAAUGGAUCUUCAACUGAAACACCAGUAAAUGCAAGUGGCCCAAAGACGACUGGCAGAAAUGAGAGCGAUACUGGCGUGUACUGUCCUCUCACUCCUGUCUUUGUCACAUGCCUGUCCGAAGGAGUGUAGCUGCAACAGCAACACCAAAGUAGUAGACUGCCGGGGUCGAGGACUGUAUGACAUCCCGCGACGACUGCAUCCAGACACCCAGGAAUUAUACCUUCAAGAUAAUCGCAUCAGGGGGCUGGGAUCAAUGGCUUUCAGGGAAAUACCCCUUGUUCGCAUUCUCGAUAUAUCUAAUAACUCGAUAACAACAAUUUCGCCAACUGCUCUGCUUGGGCUGAGAACACUGCAGCGACUCAGCCUGGCUCACAACAACCUGAGGGAGCUCGAUAAGCGGUUGCUUGGACCUAUCCGCUCACUUUCACACCUUGACCUCUCACACAACAGCCUGUGGGGUUUGCCUGGAGCCAUGGGGGACAGUUUGAGGAACCUCAGCCACCUGGGGCUAGCACACAACAGGCUGACAAGAUUAGAUCGUUCCCUGUUGGAGGCCCUGACACACCUGGACAGCCUUGCACUACGCAGCAACCCCUGGAGGUGUGACUGCCAACUUAUAGGCCUCAAACUCUGGCUGGAGACCUACCUCUUUAAAGGUGGAGUGGUAGAUGAAGUGCUUUGCUCCCAACCGGAAGAAAUGAAGGACAGAGACCUGCAGAAGAUCCCUUACCAGCUCUUCCAUGCCUGUAUGACUACAAGCUACCAUUACCUAUUUGCCAACAUACACCACCUUGAGUCUGAGAGACUACUACAAAGUCACACCCAUGGCAACCACGCUCAUCCCUCUAGCCAUGCUCUCCACGUCCCCAUGGCGAUGGGGGAGGGAUUUGGUGGUGGAGGUGGAGGCGGAGGUGGCAUGGCAGAGUGCGAAACUAAGCAGAAGCCACGGCCCGUCAACUUGCGGCACGCUAUUGCCACAGUGAUCAUCACCGGCGUAGUGUGUGGGAUCGUGUGUCUGAUGAUGCUGGCUGCCGCGGUGUACGGAUGCGCCUACGCUGCUAUCAUGGCCAAAUAUCAGCGGGAGUUAAAGAAGAAUGAGGAGCUAGCGGCAGCGCAGGGUGCAGAUCACGCCACAGCAGAUGAGAAGGAACCACUGGAGAACGCCAUCGCCUAGGAGAUGACAACUACCCUGAGACUUAAAACCUGGGCCUCAACCCUUUAACCUAAUUGUCUGCGGAUGCCACGCGUGUGCUUGUGCAUGUAUGUCUGCGAGAACAAAAACAAAAAAAAGAAGAGAGAGCGAGCGAGAGAUUAUUUAUUUACGAGUAUGUUGACCUCAUUUCUGAGACUUGGGUAGCUAAAUUCCACAGGUAUCUGACUAUGCACUGAUUAGAAGAGUAUCUUCUACUGUAUGCGGGUUUGAAGGACAGGCCAAAGAAUUCAAACAUUCGUUUUGUCUAAGAAAAGCAUAUCACUGAUAGGUACAGAUAUAUUUAUAAUUGUGUACUUGUAGGUAUAAUAGUGAAGCUCUUGUAUUUAAAAAAUGGACUUUAGAAUUUGGUUGUCGUUUGGUUGUUAUUCGUAAUUUUGAUAACUCAUAGUAGGCAGCUGCUGUCAGUUCUGUCGCAUCAUUGAUGUGAGUGUAUGUGAAUGAGAAUGACUCUGUGUUUAUAUUUGUGACUGAGCGUGCGUGCGUGUAUGUGUGAAAUGCGUACUGUAUGCACAUAUUACAGUGACAUUUUAUGCGUCUGUGCCUAAUAAUGUGACAUAGGUUUGAGGAGGAAGCGUGUUUUCUUAAAGGAUAUUUUUCCGACAUGUGACGUUAAAAAUGGGAAAUUCGUUGAAGCAAUAAUGAAACAAACUAAAACGAAAACAACAACACAACUCGGAUUCAGCCUUGUUGUUUUUCUCUUAACUUUAUGAGUCUGAAUUAUCGUCACGCUGCACACAAUCACACCCACACGCAGACACACACUAAGUUUUAGAACUACAGGUUUUGAGAACAGUCAAACAGUCUUGUUUGUGAUUUUAUGCUGAUUUCAUAAUGGUAGUCAUGUCCUACAAUAUGUAUUAUAUAUAAUAAAGGGAAGCAUUUUACCUGA